AUGUCAGAUUAUCCAGGUGGCUCAGGAAGUGACGAUCUCUCACUCCCCAAGGCAACAGUUCAAAAAAUCAUUAGCGAGAUAUUGCCCUCCGACAUUGCCAUUGCUAAGGAAGCUCGAGAAGCUAUCACUGAAUGCAGUAUUGAAUUUAUCAUGAUUUUAUCCACACAACUGAAUGAUAUCGCAGAAAAGGAAGCUAAGAAGACAAUUGCACCAGAUCACGUUGUUAAGGCGUUGGAAGAAUUGGGGUUCCAAAAUUAUCUUGAAAUUGUGAAUAAGAUCUUGGAUGAACAUAAGGAAUUAUUAAAGGGGAAAGAAAAGAAGAAUAACAAAUUCCAGAACUCUGGUAUGACUGAGGAAGAGUUAUUGAGGAAGCAAGAGGAAUUGUUCAAGAAAUCUCGUGAUCGCUUGCAAAACACUGGAAGUAGUGGAGAGGUAAAAGCAGAAAGUGAUUGA